AUGCGACUCAUCCUCAAACCCUGUUCGGGUCCGACGUCGCAGUACUCGAAGCUUUCGAGUGCCGUACCCGCAAGCGUGAUCCUUCAGAGUCAACUGGUACACGGGCGAGAACCAGAGGCAAGCUGGUCGGCGACUCUUGAAGCACAUUCAUUUUCCUCCAUCCAUCACUUCCCCACGGGGCGGAAAGCGGCGGCAGUUUGUGAAAGAUUGGCCAAGUCGCCUGUCGUCAACGAAAAUGCAUCAUCGUCGCCAGAUGUCUCAAACGAUGCCUGUCGUUCGCUAUGCACCAACACUGAUGCCUGCAGCGACGUUAAGAAUACCCUAUGUGUUGGUGGGUGUGGAGUCGCCGAAAAGCCGUCGGUUCGCCGCCUUUUGCCGCCACUCACGCGGUCCCCGGCCGUGGACGACAUGCAGGUCAUGUUCAAAGCGCUCGCAACCGCCAUCUCUGUCGGCGGUGGCAACACUUUCUUGUUGCUCAAGAGGAUGUAUGACGCCGGCAUUGUCUCUGCUAUCAAGAAAAGAGUCCUUGGCGGCGUGCCGUAUUUGGGCGUCAGUGCUGGUUCGAAUGUGGCGGCCGUCAACAUUUGCACAACGAACGACAUGCCAAUCAUUCAACCUCUAAAGCUGGAAGGAAUCGGAUUGUUGCCGUUCAAUAUCAACGUUCACUUUGAAAACAGAGGCGACUGCGCCGCAUCUAGACGUAAUGAAUCCCGAGUGGAUCGGCUUCGUGAUUAUUUAGAGCUUUAUGAAGGUGCUCCACCGAUUGUUUGCAUUCGUGACGGGUCCGCGCUUUACGUAGAGGGCACAACUUUGGGUUACGUUGGCGUGUCGUGUGGAAAAUUGUUUCAGCGAGGCGAGGACGAGCCGAUGGACCUUCCCGUGGGCACGGAUUUGAGCUUUUUGUUGAAAAACCGGACCUCACAUUGCACCCGGAUGUGCCUGUCGUGAUGGGUUCAGAAGUCUCAACAGCCAGACAAGCGGAUUUAUUGAAUCCUGACAUUUCUCAUAUUUCAGAAGAAAAAAAAUCUUUCAUCACUUCCCUUCCUGUUUUUCCGACUUCGUGGCCGUUUCGGAAAGUCGCCGAUUUUUCUGCAGCCCUUCCUUAUCAACACUAGAAAUGGCACAGUACGAUAAAAGCGAAAUUGCUGAGUUAUUAUUAUUGUUUUCCUUCGCCGAAUGAAAUAUGCCCAGCAGCAUUGUUUUCGUGAUAUUUUUGUGUAUAUGGGAUCACAUUCUUCCGAAUUGAUCGAGUAUUGUUUUCUCAAAACUGGAGCAAACCAGC